AUGGAGCGAUACGACGGAGGAGACCUGCCUCCUCCUCCCCCAGACCCACCGGGGCUCAGCCAAAGCAGCUCCCAGCAGCACAGUGCACCUGAAGAUGAUGAUAACUACGACGACGUGGACUUCCCACCUCCUCCUAUUGAAUUCAACAUGGACCCCAAGAUCGAGAAGGAGCUGAAGAAAAAGUUCAAGCUGGAAGGCCCAGUGAAGGUGCUGCACACGAUGAUGGUGGAUCCAGGUGCAAUCAUAAAGAAACCGGGUCCCAAACACCUGAGCGUGGCCCCUGGGGACCUGCUGGACGUCCUGCAGAUCCACGGCAAGAAGGCCCUCUGCCGCGACGGCCUCGGGAAAGUCGGUUACGUGAACAAGGCUCAUCUGCUGCCGCUUGAGGGCGACGUCUACGAUGAAGUGGAAUAUCCCAGCGACGUCUACGACAACGAGAACAUGGACCAUCAAUGA